AUGGGGCGACGUGGCUUCUGGGUGCUGCUGCUCCUGACCCUGCUGGGAUGCGUGCAGACCGCGCAGAACGGACCCAUGCCGCCACCUGCACGCGCCCACUGCCGCGUGUUCGUCGUGGCGGCUGGGACGCACACGCGUGUGCUGAUCCUGCAGAACGCGUACGAACAGGACGGGAUCAACGUUUACGACCAGCUCCCAGCGUUAUCUUCCGUCCUGCAGGAUACAGAUACGCAGGAUGAGAAAAAGCGCGCAGAGGAGGCGUAUACGACUCUGCGGCCAGCGUUCGACCAGGCCGUUGCAUGGCUCAAGGACCGGGUGGACCCUGCGCUAUGUUUUGCUCACUUCGUCGUGGCGGAAUCAGAGAUGUCGUCUAAUUCUGAGACACAGGACGACGCGGCACUCGUGACCAGACGCCUUGACCAUCUUCGAGCCCGAGCCAGACGCGAUGGACACUUUCCCUUUGCGCUGAACGCGGAGCAGCAAGAUAACAAGGAGAGCGUCGCUUCUAGCGGAGAUUUGCGUGUCGUGCCGGCCACUUGGCGUCGCUACUUCCACAUAGUCGCUCCGUCGCUCAGUCCUGGACAAGUCGAAGUCUUCGGACUGUUGCACGUGGACGCCGGAGGACACGCUGGCAGAUUGAGCUCUGAGUCGGACUCAGAUGCUGCUGAAAUGGUGUUCGAUGUUCGAGAGCGAUGGAGACGCAGUAAACGACAGCGACAGGUCAGUGUGGCACUUAACGUUAGCGAUUUCUAUGGACGAGAGUAUCCAGGCUUUGGACGGCGUGCAGUUCAGCAGGCAGUGGUCCAACUGAAGCAGGAAAAAGACAAGAAGGCCGCGUCGAGUGCUCUGCAACACCCAUGCUUUUUAAGAGGCCACUCGUCAGUUGUUGAGGGUGUGAAUGUGACGCUGGACGGCACUGGAGAUGCAGAUAAAUGCAUGACACUGCUGCGAUCGCACAUCGCCUCAAGUAACGCCAACUGUCCACCGGAGAACUUCUGCUUCUUGGGCAGUACACCUCAGCCACAAAGCGCUGGAUCUUUCUACGCGUCAGGAGUGCUGAGAGAAGCGGUGAUCAGUGCAAGUCGAGUGCUGGGGCUCACAAGCAGCAAGCUCGAGGAGAAAGAGGUGGAUCAACUCCAACUCCCGACGCCGACUCUCACGGCCUUGCGGAACGCUGCCAAGAGUUUGUGUGCACUGCCACACAAGGAUGUAGCAGCUGGAGCAGCAGCGUCACGCCAUGUGGGAAACGAUACCAAAGCACUCGAUGCUCUAUGCUUCGACCUGUGCUAUACAAUCGUGUUGCUCGAGCAACUUGGCAUCCAGGACGCCGACGAACGCGUUCAAUUCGUGGACCACUUCGAGAAACAACCAGAACUGUCAGGACAUGGAUCUCUGGCGAGUGGCGAUCAUGACGGACGGUCUGAGCUGGUGGCUUGGCUCACAGGCGCAUUCCUGUAUCUGGAGGCACUUCAACGCAAGGUCACGUUCUCUAUUGAGUCCGAGUUAUUGGCAGAGCAGCUCAGUGCGGGACUCCCUCUCGGCUGGAAUAUGAGCUUGAUGGUCUUCGUGGCCGCCUGCGUCUACCUGUACCUCACGACUGGCCGAGCAGGGGCCAAGGGGAGAGCUGGUCGACGUUCUGGUAGCUACCACCGCGUUGUCAAUGGUGGGGCCAAGGCGAAAUACAAGGACGCGACGCAGUCCAUAUCGUUCAUCGACGACGCUCGUGAAUAG